GACAAAAAAAAUUUUAUACUAAAGGGACAAAGAGGCUGUUUUGCAUUAUGUUUUGGUAAUUUUCUUAUUAAAUUAUAAAAAGUAUAUGACAAAACAUGGUUAAUGUGCAAUACUCUGCUAAACAGAUUUUAUGAAGAAAAAUAUGUAGAAUCAAUAAACGAAUAACAACAGACAACAUACUUCUAAGUAAUGAACAUACUUCUAAGUAAUGACAACAUUAGUUACUUUUAUUUUUUUUUUGAAUAACACAAGAUUUUUGUUGACUUCCUAAAAUAACAAAUCUAAUAAUUAACUCCAGCUUUUUAUAAACUUUUAACAACUUAUUAAAAAAUCAUAAACCAAUAAUAUCAGACUUUAAUAUAGUUUUGGAAAGUCAUAAUUGAAUAACACUACAAUUAUUAGGAAAUCUAAAUCUUGAUAACUCUUUAUAAAUACAUAGUAUUAGUUUUGAAAACAAAUAAUGAUUUAUGUUAUGUUUAACCUAUUACAUGUUGUUCAUUAAAAAAAAACUAUUACAUGUUGACCAAGUUAAGAUAAAUUGACAAUUUGAGAAAUAAUCCUUAAAAGUGAAUAUGUUAUGAUUUUUAUGAAAAUAUAAAUCAAGUUAUUAAUAAGGAAUAGUAUCUUCUUUUAAAAACUGAAAUAUUCUUUUUAUCAUAACACACACAAAUACAGGAACAAUGACAUAUAAGAAACGACAAUGUAACCUUUACGUCAUAUAUAUAUAACAGCCUCGUAAAAUCACAAAGUGAACAUCAUAUUCAUCUCUUCUCUUCUCUCACAAAGAAAAGAAAAAACAUGAAGUUCUUCGUUUUAGUUGUCAUGUUCUUUCUCUUGUUAAACUGUUUCGCAACUGCGCAAACUUUGAUUCGAAAUUCUUGCAGAACAGUUGCAGCAAAAGACCCUAAUCUCAAAUAUGAUAUUUGCGUCCAAUCACUUGAACAAGAUCCGCAAAGCAAAACCGCAACUAGUCUAUCAGGAUUGGUCUUAGCGUCAACGAAUAACGCUGAGGCCAAAACAACGAACGUUAAAGGAAUAGUUGAAACUAUUCUCAAGAAUAAAAGUUAUCCACCGGGUACUGAACCUGCGUUACGCACAUGCGUAAAGCUUUAUGACGAUGCUAAUGGUUCUUUAAAUGAAGCUUUGAUGAGCGUUAAAUCCGGCGAUUAUAGAAGUGCUAAUGUGCAUCUGAGUGCUGCUCUGGAUGCACCGAGCACUUGUAAAGAUGGUUUCAAAGAGAAGCACACGACUUCUCCCGUCACAAACGAGAACAAUGUUUUGUUUCAGAAGAUUGUGAUUCCUUUAGCUUUUACAAAUAUGUUAUGAUGAAAUUACUAUUAGUCCUUGUAUUAUGUAAUAUAGAUUUUCGUUUACCUAAUAAAUUUAAGAGCAAAUAAA